CUGUCGCCCUGGUCUCCCACUGCAGCAGCCGAGAUGGCCCCGCACCUCCCCACGUGCGCCCUGCUGUGCGCACUGGUCCUGGGACAGCUGUCACCACCUGCCAGCUCUGCCACCGCUGCCCAGGCGCGGCCACCCCAGGGGCGGGCCAGCACUAUGGAGCACCCCGAGUUCCUCAAGGCGGGCAAACAGCCCGGCCUGCAGAUCUGGCGUGUGGAGAAGUUUGACCUGGUACCCGUACCCCAAAACCUGUACGGCGAGUUCUUCACGGGCGACGCCUACGUCCUGCUGAAGACGGUGCAGCUGCGGAACGGGAACCUGCAGUAUGACCUCCACUAUUGGCUGGGCAAUGAGUGCACGCAGGACGAGAGCGGGGCGGCCGCCAUCUUCACUGUGCAGCUGGACGACUACCUGAAUGGCCGCGCCGUGCAGCACCGCGAGGUCCAAGGCUUCGAGUCCACCACAUUCCUCGGCUACUUCAAGAAUGGCCUCAAGUACAAGAAAGGAGGCGUGGCCUCGGGCUUCAAGCAUGUGGUGCCCAAUGAGGUGUCGGUGCAGAGACUCCUACAGGUCAAAGGGCGGCGUGUGCCCCGAGCCAUGGAGGUGCCCGUGUCCUGGGACAGCUUCAACAACGGCGACUGCUUCAUCCUGGACCUGGGCAAUGACAUCUACCAGUGGUGCGGCUCUGCGUGCAACAACUUCGAGAGGCUGAAGGCCACGCAGGUGUCCAGGGGCAUCAGGGACAACGAGCGGAAUGGACGCGCCCGUGUGCAUGUGUCUGAGGAGGGCAGAGAGCCAGAGGCGAUGCUCCAGGUCCUGGGCCCCAAGCCCACUCUUCCCGAAGGGACGAGCGAUGACACCCAGGUGGACGCGAGCAACCGCAAGCUGGCCAAGCUCUACAAGGUCUCCAACAGCGCAGGAUCCAUGGCAGUGUCCCUGGUGGCCGACGAGAACCCCUUCACCCAGGGGGCCUUGGCCUCAGAGGACUGCUUCAUCCUGGACCAUGGCAGGAAUGGGAAGAUCUUCGUCUGGAAAGGCAGACAAGCCAACAUGGAGGAGAGAAGGGCUGCCCUCAAGACUGCCUCUGACUUUAUCUCCAAGAUGGGCUACCCCAAGCACACUCAGGUUUCUGUCCUUCCGGAGGGGGGUGAGACCCCACUUUUCAAGCAAUUCUUCAAGAACUGGCGGGACCCCGACCAGACAGACGGCCCAGGCCUGGCCUACCUCUCCAGUCACAUCGCCAAUGUGGAGCGGGUGCCCUUCGACGUGUCCACCCUGCACACCUCCACGGCUAUGGCCGCCCAGCAUGCCAUGGAUGAUGAUGGCACAGGCCAGAAGCAGAUCUGGAGAAUUGAAGGCUCCGACAAGGUGCCUGUGGACCCAUCCACCUAUGGGCAGUUCUAUGGCGGCGACAGCUACAUCAUUCUGUACAACUACCAUCACGGCAACCGGCAGGGGCAGAUCAUUUACAACUGGCAGGGUGCCCAGUCCACCCAGGAUGAGGUCGCUGCAUCUGCCAUCCUGACUGCCCAGCUGGAUGAGGAACUGGGAGGAACCCCUGUCCAGAGCCGCGUGGUCCAAGGCAAGGAGCCUGCCCACCUCAUGAGCCUGUUCGGCGGGAAGCCCAUGAUCAUCUACAAGGGGGGCACCUCCCGCGAGGGCGGUCAGUCGGCCCCUGCCAGCACCCGCCUCUUCCAGGUCCGGGCCACCAGCUCAGGAGCCACCCGCGCCGUGGAGAUUAUGGCCAAGGCAGGCGCACUCAACUCCAACGAUGCCUUUGUCCUCAAGACCCCCUCGGCCGCCUACUUGUGGGUAGGGACAGGAGCCAGCGAGGCGGAGAAGAAGGGGGCCGAGGAGCUCCUCAGGGUGCUGCAGGCCCAGCCGGUGCAGGUGGCAGAAGGCAGCGAACCAGACAGCUUCUGGGAGGCCCUGGGUGGGAAGGCCACCUACCGCACGUCGCCAAGACUGAAGGACAAGAAGAUAGAUGCCCACCCCCCACGCCUCUUCGCCUGUUCCAACAAGAUCGGACGCUUUGUGAUCGAAGAGGUCCCUGGCGAGCUCAUGCAGGAAGACCUGGCCACCGAUGACGUCAUGCUCCUGGACACCUGGGACCAGGUCUUCGUCUGGAUUGGCAAGGAUUCUCUGGAAGAGGAAAAGACAGAAGCUUUGAGCUCCGCCAAGCGCUACAUCGAGACAGACCCAGCCAACCGGGACAGACGGACGCCCAUCACCGUGGUGAAGCAAGGGUCCGAGCCGCCUUCCUUUGUGGGCUGGUUCCUCGGCUGGGACGACGACUACUGGGCUAUUGACCCCCUGGAGCGGGCCAUGGCUGAGCUGGCUGCCUGAGCGCCCUCCAGUGCCUCCCUGACCCCCGUCAGUGCCUUUCCCGGCUGCCUGAGUUUCCAGGAGACCGGACAGCGAGCAGGCCCACUUGGCUGCCUGCUCGUGUGUGUAGGG